AUGUUUGCGGAUACUACGCUACAGCAAAUUGCAGAAGAAGUAUCUGAUAAAAAAGAGUUGAACACCGAUAAUGAAAAUGUUUCCAUUGAUCAGAAAAAACCGACCAUAUUAUCCGGAAGGUUUAGCUUGGCGGUAAAGAAGAGUUGGAACAAUGAAUUCUCAGAAGCAGAAGGAAUUUUUGAAAAAUACAAGGACAAGAUUCCCAGGUGGGGUGUUGCUUAUGCCGAGAUGCAAAUGCUUAAAUAUUUAAUGUCCGGUCAGAUUUAUGAGAAUGAAGCUCCGGAAAUGACUACUUCACUUACGGAGGCGGAAAAGUUGGCCAACAAGGUUGCCGAGAAUAAAGAAGAUUUUGAGACCACGUUUACGGUGUUUAAAACUGAAAUCCUGAAAACAAGCAUCGAAUCUGACAACACAUCGGCAGGGGAAGAAGCAUCACUCCGAUCCAACUAUCGAUGGGAUUGUGAGUUGGCUUUAGCAGAUGUUCUCUUGUUCCGAUCAAUUUUGCAAAUGAUCGGAGGUAAUGAAAUCAAGGGAGCAUUUAAUUUGCGCAAGUCUUGGAAGAUUUAUUAUAAAGUUAGGGAUGAGAUUACUCAGAUUAAGGGGAAUGCAGGCAGAGGUGAAAUUUAUAAGCACGAGAGUGCAAGCAGUAGUCGAUGGAGCCUUGGAGAUGCACUUAUGGGAAGGAGGGGUAGCGUUAGCAGUCUGGUUGGAUUUAGUGGUAGUUCGCAGGACGUCCCCAGCUCGAUAGAAGUUGAUCUCGAUGUUGAAGAUUGUCUCGAAUUCGGUCUUGGCUUAUUUCAGUUCGUCGUUUCAAUAGUUCCAAGUUCUUUCUUGCCCAUGUUGAAGACCUUUGGGUUUAACAUCGAUCGUGAACAAAGCAUUAGAAUGUUGGAGAGUUGCUACUCUCGUGACGGCGUUAGAGUUGGGAAUAUUCAGGAAGCCAUAAACCACAUAUCAAUGAGCAUCAUAAAUUGUGAGAAAAGCGGAGUUACGAGCACAAACCAUAGAUUUGAAAAGGGCAUGACAUAUUUGAUUAGUCUCGAUUUUUCUGCUGCAAAGAAUAUAUUUGAGCAGCUCUUCUAUGGAAACACUAUCGUGUUUUCUGGCAAGAAAGGAUCAUCCAUACGUCUUCAAGGGUCAGUGCAUGGGUCCACACGGCUUUUCUCAAAAAAUGGCAGCACGAAAAAGGGCAAUCUAUUUCUCCAAUUUUUCGAAUUUGAGUUGAGACCAUUUUGUGGACUGUGCUUGGCGGGUUGUUAUCUUAUUGUCAAGUCUGGUGAAGGAGCGAUGAAGGAAGCUUUAGACGUCUUAAAACAAACCAAGGCAAUGACAAUCCCGGAAACUGAGAAUAGCAGUAGUAGCAUUGCCGGUAGUAUCGGACUAUUUGGAACGAGUGCAAGUGGGUUAGUCGGAAUCGCCACUGGCGACAAGAAAGAAAAGUUCAAGAUCAGUCGUUAUAACAAGUUUGCCGGUCGAUAUUCGACCAAGAAUGUGGAAAGAAACACGGUGUCACCCUUCAUAUUGUUUAUUAUUCUUUACCUUCGUCGAGAUAUUUUUUAUAUGCCAAUGGAGUUGAAAGAACGAUGGUCAAAAGUGUUGGAAACCACAUGGGAGAAAAUUGAAAAGCCUACUGAUCCUGACACGAAUGCUGUGUACUUGUUGCUUCAUGGUGUUUUCGGAAAGUUCCUUAAUCCUGACCCCACUAUAGCUCAAAUUUCAUUCUGCGAAUGUUUGGCUUUGGAGGUUGGGAUCGUCAGUGAGACGUGGGUUAUUCCUCACUGCAGAUAUGAGCUUGGAGAAUUAUUCUACAAAAAAUUUGGCAACGAGGAAGCGGCCAUGGAACAAUUUAAAUGGAUACUUAAGGGUCAAAGGCCAACAUCUCGCGUGGGUAUGGUUCCUCGAAGGGAUAGUAGCAUCAGCACAACGUCAAUUACGCCGGGAUGUUCAAUAGAUUCAAACAACUCCGAUCGAUUUAAGAAAUAUGAAUUUGACAAAAUUCUUAAAGCGAGAUGUACAGAGGCAGCCGAACAAAUUCGCGGGGGGUCAUCUCAACAACUCGCCGCCAGUCAUAGUCGAAAGAAAUCGGGUUCGACGUCGAGUUUAAUCAGGGAGGUGCAUGAGCAAAAACUUCAAAGACGACUAAACGAUCAAGUUACUUCUCUAUCUUCCACCACGGAGGUCACGAGUAAUGAUGGCGGCAGCGAUGAUGAAAACAACUUAAAUAAGAAUGAACAAAGUCAAACUGAAAAUGUGAUUGCAGAAGAGGAAGGAGACAAGAGCUCAUUUAUCGCCAGAAAUUGUAAACGAAGAUUAGAUCAAUUAUUCAUAUAUUCCAAUAUCGUGACAAAACAAGUACUGCUCACAGUCGGAAGGACCGCUAAGACCAAAUAUCUAAAAUCACAAAUUACAGAUGAUAAGCAACGCCCUCACGAAAUCCGUCGCGACUUCUGGAAACCGAUCAUAGCCAUCUCUGGUUUCAGCUCCUACACUUCUGUAAUGACCACCAACAAUAUAAUUCAACAUAAACUCCGUACCUACCCAAAACCUCAAGACUACUAUCGAUUAGAACGUAAGGUACGUAUGCAAGAUGACAUGAAUCAACUGGAGAAAAGUGUCUACGGCCUAUGUUAUGCGAUCAAUAGUCUUGUACACACUAAAGGAUAUGAACAGGAGGGGUCCAGUAAGCUCACCAUAUAUUGGGAACGGUUGGCGAUGAAAGAUUUACCCUCGAAAUCGGGAUUAGAUUUAAAAUGGCCAGUGUGCGUACAGCAUAAGAAGCUAAUGCUCAAGAGGGGAACAAUUAUGUUGAACGAAGAGUUUAAGGUAGUGCAAAAACCUGAAGUAGUCAGGGAAGCCCUGAGGAAGGAGAGGUAUCUGAAGAGUAGAAGAGGAAGGAUUGAGGCAGAGAAGAAUGUGAUUAAAGCUAAAGAAAAGGUUGCUACAGAUGACAUGAAUUUUUCAAACUUGAUACCAAACUUGAGUCCAAAAACCUUUGCAACUUUUGACUCGAGAGAGGAAGAGUCACCUUACAUCUUUGAUAUUGUUGCCACUUCGACUUUUUGCGUUGCAUCAGGUUCAAACAAUGAACUUAAUUCGUGGAAUUAUAAUGAUAGUUCCUUGACUUUUAAUGGAAAGUUGGCUUAUCACACUGAUACCGUUACAAAUUUAAAAAUACAUAAAAAUCAGUCACUGAUUUCAAGCUCAAAAGACGGUCGCGUCGCAAUAUGGGAUUUGCGAGCACCAAGGGUCGAACCAGCUCAAGUGCUCCAAGGACGCGUGCCAUUAUUAUCCUUUGAUAUUAACAAUUCGGACACAGUUUUGGCAGCCGGCACAGAACUCGUUGGUGAAGAUGCGAAGAUAAUUUUCUGGGAUUUACGGAAUCCCUCAAUUAUAUCACAGUUCGUCGAAUCGCACAGUGAUGACAUUACCCAGAUUCAGUUUCACCCAACGAGUCCUUCGCAAUUCAUCAGCGGUUCUGUGGACGGUUUAAUAUGCAUCUUUGAUCUAAAGAAUUUUGACGAAGAUGAUGAUUUAAUUGGUGUGUUAAAUUCUGGUUCGUCGAUAAAUAGAGCGGGAUAUUUUGGAUCGGGUGGCGAAUAUGUGUACUGCCUGACCCACAUAGAAACAUUUAGUUUAUGGGGAGCCUCCGAAGUACAUCAAAAAUAUGUCAUGUUGCUUCUAAAGCUGGCUAUUUCAAAAAUAUAA